AUGUCACGGGUACUCUUCCCACGCUUCCACUUCACCGAAAUCGAAGACACGAACUGGUGUCCCUCAUGGCUCCGUGACCACGCUCAUGCCUCCCUCGCUCGUCUCUGGCAAAUCAAAUCCAAUAGAGGACACUCCCUAGCCACACAAGCAUGCAAUGUCCUCCUCGAGCGCCUAGGCGGUAUUAGUUCCGCCGCCGAGUAUACAUUUGUAGAUUCCUGCGCCGGCGCUGGUGGUCCAACUCCUUAUUUCGAGAAAUAUAUCAACAAACAAUUAGAGGCUAGUGGCUACCGACCUGCGCAGUUUGUGUUAACGGAUUGGGCGCCAUACGUACAAGCUUGGGAGGCACUUGCGGCGCAGAGUGCAAAUAUUUCAUACAUCCCCGACCCGAUUGACGCGUCUAAGGCUGUGAGGAUUGCUGAGCCGGAUAGGAGGGAAUGUCGGAUUUUCAAUUUGUGUUUCCAUCAUUUUGAUGAUCCAGAGGCUGAGAAGGUGCUGAGAAGUGCAGUAGAGACGGCGGAUGCAUUCUUGUAA